AUGACAGAUACCUUGCUGAACUCAAAGAGUCGUUUGAACGCGUUCUACAUUUGCUGUUUUGAGAAGCUCAAUAAACAAUUUCUCACCGGGAACUCAAUGGCAGCAUAUAUGGAAUUCUUUGAAAAUAAGAAGAACAUCAUUGAAAGCCUAGUAGAGAGCUGUUUCGAUUCCGAAAGAGCUGACAGCGUUUACGAUGUACUAGUAAAAGGAGAGAUAUUUCUUGACUCGCUUUUUUGGAAUACGAAUGAAGCACAAAACUUUUUUCACAUAUACGACUCCGCCAUAAAGGCAGCCAAACUACAAGGGAAAGGCAAAUACUACAGGCAACAACUUUCUUCAAUAGCUUUCGGUGAGGUGACCUGGGGACGAAAAGGAAAGACGAGACAUCUUCUCUCAAAAGUGAAUGAGCUUCAAACUGCAGCUUCUAUUGUUCCUAACCUGGAAAAAGGCAAAUACUUGUGCUAUAUGGGAAUCUAUCACUUUGUUACCGAAGAAACGAAUAAUGGAGUGCAGUUCCUAAAAGACGCGCUAUCAACACUGACAAAUUCUAACAGUACAGAAAAACAUAUUCUGGAGAUGGUUAUUUUUCAAAUACUUGCUGUCUAUUUUCAGUCUCGUAACGACCUCUCCAGUGCAAGUACCUUCUAUGACAAAGCAAUCCACCAAUGUAUGGCAAUGGGGGACUGGCAACUACUUAUUAUCCCGUCAACAAAAGCGGAAACAAGGGAAACUGUUAAUGAAGUAAAACUUCAAAAAAACUCGGACAACUUGCUACAUAAACCACUGAAAUGUGAAAUUGCCUUUCUAUUACACGAAGCAACAAACACUUUUGUUGAUGCUAACACCAAGCAAAGUAUACACAAUUCGCUUCUCCAAAUCGUAGAGAAUAUCGAGGGAGAGGUUCAAGUUACUCCUGGGUUGCUCACUUUUCAUAGCGUUGUGACAAAUGUACUCUGUAAGUUAAGUAGUGGGGACCCUGCUAAACUGUAUGCGGUCAGAAUCAAAUACCACGAAUCCGCACUCACCCAAUGCAAAAACAGCCCUCUUAACAUAGACAAGUUUGAGGAUGUUAGUCAUUUACAACAUAAAGCACUUGCAAGGUGCUUGUUAGACCUAAGCAAAGUUUUCAAAGAAAAAAAAAGCUAUCAAAAGGCUCUCCAGGCAAACCAGCAAGCCCUUGAGAUAUCGGAGAGCAUUUUAGGAGAAAAACAUGAAAGCACCGCUGACAGCUACAGGGAAAUGGGUAUAACACAAGGCAAAAUGCAUGACUACACCUCAGCUCUUCACUCCCAUCAGCGUGCAUUGGCUAUCCGUAUUAAACUGUUUGGAGAAGAACAUGAAAGCACCGCUGACAGCUACUGGGAUCUGGGUGUAAUACAGUACGAAAUGGAUGACUACACCUCAGCUCUUCAAUCCCAUCAGCGUGCAUUGGCUUUCUGUAUUAAACAGUUUGGUGAAGAACAUGAAAGGACAGCUGACUGCUACAGGGUACUCGGUACAACACAACACAAAAUGCAUGACUAUACUUCAGCUCUUCAAUCUCAUCAGCGUGCAUUGGCUAUCCGUAUUAAACUGUUUGGAGAAGAACAUGAAAGCGUCGCUGACAGCUACAGGGGUCUGGGUGUAACACAACACGAAAUGCAUGACUACACCUCAGCUCUUCAAUACUAUCAGCGUGCAUUGGCUAUCCGUGUUAAACUGUUUGGAGAAGAACAUGACAGCACAGCUGACUGCUACAAAGAACUCGGUGUAACACAUAUAAACAUGCGUGACUACAACCUAGCUCUUCAAUCUCAUCAGCGUGCAUUGGCUAUCCGUAUUAAACUGUUUGGAGAAGAAUAUGAAAGGACAGCUGACUGCUACAGGAAACUCGGUAUAACACAACACGAAAUGCAUGACUAUACUUCAGCUCUUCAAUCUCAUCAGCGUGCAUGGGCUAUCCGUUUUAAACUGUUUGGAGAAGAACAUCAAAGCACCGCUGACAGCUACAGGGAUCUGGGUCUAACACGACACGAAAUGCAUGACUACACCUCAGCUCUUCAAUCCAAAUAGCUUGCAUUGGCUAUCCGUAUUAAACUGUGUGGAGAAGAACAUGAAAGCACCGCUGACUGCUACAGGGAUCUGGGUGUAACACAAAACGAAAUGCAUGACUACACCUCCGCUCUUCAAUCCACACAGCGUGCAUUGGCUAUCCGUAUUAAACUGUUUGGAGAAGAACAUCAAAGGACAGCUGACUGCUACAGGGAUCUGGGUGUAACACAACACGAAAUGCAUGACUACACCUCAGCUCUUCAAUCUCAUCAGCGUGCAUUGACUAUCCGUAUUAAACAGUUUGGAGAAGAACAUGAAAGGACAGCUGACUGCUACAGGGAACUCGGUAUAACACAACAUGAAAUGCAUGACUAUACUUCAGCUCUUCAAUCUCAUCAGCGCGCAUUGGCUAUCCGUAUUAAACUGUUUGGAGAAGAACAUGAAAGGACAGCUGACAGCUACAAGGAUCUGGGUGGAACACAACACGAAAUGCAUGACUACACCUCAGCUCUUCAGUCCUAUCAGCGUGCAUUGGCUAUCCGUAUUAAACAGUUUGGAGAAGAACUUGAAAGCACCGCUGACUGCUACAGGGAACUCGGUGUAACACAUAAAAACAUGCGUGACUACAACCCAGCACUUCAAUCUCAUCAGCGUGCAUUGGCUAUCCGUAUUAAACUGUUUGGAGAAGAACAUGAAAGCACAGCUGACAGCUACAGGCAACUCGGUGUAACACAAAACAACAUGUAUGACUACACCAAAGCCGUUCAAUUCCAUCAGCGAGCAUUGGCUAUCCGUAUUAAACUAUUUGGAGAAGAACAUGAAAGCACUGCUGACAGCUACAGGCAACUCGGUAUAUCACAAAACAACAUGCACGACUAUACCUCAGGUCUUCAAUCCCGACAGCGUGCAUUAGCUAUCCGUAUUAAACUGUUUGGAGAAGAACACGAAAGCACUGCUGACAGCUACAGGAAACUCAGUGCGACACAGGCAAGCAUGCAGGACUAUGCCUCAGCUCUUCAAUCUCAUCAGCGUGAAUUGGCUAUCCGUAUUAAACUGUUUGGAGAAGAACAUGAAAGCACAGCUGACAGCUACAGGCAACUCGGUAAAACACAACACGAAAUACAUGACUACACUUCAGCUCUUCAAUCCCACCAGCGUGCAUUGGCUAUCCGUAUUAAACUGUUUGGAGAAGAACAUGAAAGCACAGCUGACAGCUACAGGGAACUCGGUGUUAUACUAGCCAACAUGCAUGACUACACAUCAGCUCUUCCAUCACAGAGCAUUGGCCAUCUGUAUUAA